AUGGAUUCAAGUCAGUCAGAAAGUCCCAGCCAGCCAAGCGAAGCUGAUAUUAAGGACCAGCCUGAAAAUGGACAUUUGGGCUUCCAAGACAGUUUUGUCACAUCAGGUGUUUUCAGUGUCACUGAGCUAGUAAGAGUCUCUCAAACACCAAUAGCUGCAGGAACAGGCCCUAAUUUCUCUCUCUCAGAUUUGGAAAGUUCCUCGUAUUACAGUAUGAGUCCAGGAGCAAUGAGGAGAUCUUUACCAAGCACCUCUUCUACCAGUUCCACAAAGCGUCUCAAAUCUGUAGAGGAUGAAAUGGACAGUCCUGGUGAAGAACCAUUCUAUACAAGCCAAGGGCGGUCUCCAGGAAGUGGAAGUCAAUCAAGUGGAUGGCAUGAAGUGGAACCAGGAUUGCCAUCGCCAACUACAUUAAAGAAGUCAGAGAAGUCUGGUUUCAGCAGUCCCUCGCCUUCACAGACCUCCUCCCUUGGAACGGCAUUCACCCAGCAUCAUCGACCUGUCAUUACAGGACCCAGAGCAAGUCCACACGCAACACCAUCGACUCUUCAUUUUCCAACAUCACCCAUUAUUCAACAGCCUGGGCCAUACUUCUCACACCCAGCAAUUCGCUAUCAUCCUCAGGAGACUCUGAAAGAGUUUGUCCAACUUGUCUGCCCGGACGCUGGUCAGCAGGCUGGACAGGUGGGGUUCCUAAAUCCCAAUGGUAGCAGCCAAGGCAAGGUGCACAAUCCAUUCCUUCCCACACCAAUGUUGCCACCACCGCCUCCUCCCCCAAUGGCUAGGCCUGUGCCUCUUCCAGUGCCAGACACAAAGCCUCCAACCACAUCGACAGAAGGAGGUGCCGCCUCUCCCACAUCACCGACCUAUUCAACACCCAGCACCUCCCCUGCAAAUCGAUUCGUCAGUGUUGGACCACGGGAUCCAAGCUUUGUAAAUAUCCCUCAACAGACACAGUCCUGGUACCUGGGAUAAAACUCACAGUUUCCCACCAUCCAGCAGACAGACCACCUGACCCCCGUCCCAACUCUGUAACAUGGAAGCAGCCACAAAACAGUGUUGUUACUUCACGUCCAUGGAAGGAGAGCAGACAGAGAUUGACAUCAAGCAACUGCUCUUACUCAGAGACGGCAAACAUUAUGAUUGAGCAUCAAAGGCCGUAAUAUUGUGGGGGGGAGGAAGGAGUUUGAGGGUUGGGGUUUUGGUUUGGUUUGAGGUUUUUUUUUUUAAAGAACACCUUAGUGACCGAUGUAAUUUCUCAUAUGGUGCUGGAAAUGUUUGAGCUUCAUAUUUUUGAAGUGUUUCAAGUGAUAGUGUAAGAAUUAGGGACAUUGGGUAGCAGAGCGAGCCUGCUGGCUACUUACUGACUUGCUAUUGUAACCCUUUCCAUACAGCACCUAACUGUUUUACAGUAUUUUUUACUGAUUAAUUUCCCAUACAAGUGUGAGACUUACUGAGAGAUCCGAAGAGCUACACAUAAAUAACUUUAUAGUAGCUGAAUUCUUCAGUAGGGCACUUACAAGACAGUCGUGGGGCAUGUUUUUUCUGUAACAUAUCAGGAUUUUUUUUUUUAUUUUGCAAUCAGCAAUUCAAUAUAUGACACGAAUCAUAAGAUGGUAAUUGACAGGUUGGUUUCCACACAAGUGGCAAAGAAAUAUAAACCAUCAACCUACUACAGGUCAAACAAAAAAGAAAAAAAAUUAAAUGCUGCACUUAACAUGAAACAUUUUUGACAAUUUUCAACAAUGACAUAAAAUUCAUGUGGAAAUGGGGAAGUUGGUCUGUUUUGAUAGAAACUGACAGGAAUCAAUCAAAACAAUCGAAUUUUGAAUUGAGAAAAGUGCAAUUUCAUUGGAUAGCUAAAUAUCUUUGUAAGAUAGAGAUUGUUGAAAAUUCUAUUUUUGUUUUCCAAGUCCUUCCACCCCAGGACUCUAAAUUAUUGGGGUAAAAAACAGCC